UUCCCUCCUAGUUUGUAUUCCCCUCAUUCCUAAUCAGUUAUCACAAUCGACCUUCGCGCCCCCUUAAUCUCCUUCUCAGAUUCAAGCAAUUGAGCAUCUUCGGCGGUCUGCAUUCUACACUAUCUGAUUCCAGAAAUCGUUAAUCGGAUAUGAGAGACAUGGGGAAUGUUAGGGAUUGGAUGUAUUUCCCUAGACGGUUACCUGAAUUUGAAGCUGGAGUUAUUGAAUUCCUUAAUGCUUCAUUUGCUAAGGCGGCAAAAGGAUCUCAGAUAUGUUGUCCUUGCACUAGUUCAAGAUCAAUUACAUCGCCCCGAAUUAGAAAAAACAAUAGAAAUAUCCAAAACCAAUAAAAGAGGACCGACAAUGCUGCAUCUUGUGCACACACGAAAAGUCAAUGAACGAGAGGUCAUUAUAUGUAAUGAAUUUGGACAACCAGUGGGACCAGCAACAAAGGAGAAGGAUAUAGUCGGAAAAUUCUCUCGAUUUUUGGGUACAAUAGCUCGUAAUCAUAGUUAUGCACCGUUGACCUAUAGUUCAUGGCAUAAGGUUCCACAUAAAGAUAAAAUAUGGGAGUAUGUCUUGGAAAAAUACGAUGUACCCUAUGCUGCUAAAACAUGGGUUUUAAAGACUAUUGGAAACGACUACAAGGUACACAAAUGUAGGUUCAAGAAAAAACACUUCUAUCGAUAUAAGGACAACAAAACAAGAUUGAUGAACAGACCUAAAAACAUUCCGGCAGAUGAUUUCUCACAAUUGUUGAGGUUGUGGAGUAAUAAAGACGUAGAGAAGCGUUGUUUGCGGGCUAAGGAAAUUCGCAUGUCUCAAAAGAAUAUGCACACAGCCGGCCCAAAAAGUUUCGCUAGAGUUCGUGAAGAGAUGAGAAACGACGACCCAAACAAGGAAUUACCUAGCUUAACCAAAGUGUUUGAACGUACACGGAAAAGGACCGAAGGACGUUCAUAUCUUGAUACAUAUGACGAUACGGCAACGAAAAUUGAACAAAUGAAAAAUUACAAACCUCCCGAAGAUGGAAGUGCUUUGGUGGAUCCUUUUACGGUUGUAAUGAACAAGGAGCAUGAUGGCUACCUUCGACUUUAUGGUAGGGGUGUUACUAAAAAAAUGUUGAAAAAAAUGGAUGGUGGUGAAGAACCAUACAUAAUUCCGGGUGGGCUUAUGGAAUCAUUCCAAGCAAGCCUUGAAGUUGAAAAAACCCAAUUGUUUGAAAUGAGAAAAGAAAUUAAAGAUGAUCAUCAAAGUAAAAAAGCUGAGAUAGAAGCUAUGAAGAAAGAUUUUCACAGCCAACAAGCACACUUUGAAUCUAGGAUACAAAGUAUUUUGAAAAAGCUACCUGUUGAAGUACUUCAAGAUCUUCAAGACGAGUAGAAAGUUUUUGUUGCUUUUUAUCAUUGUAAUCGACAAAUUUGUUUUUAUUAGGUUGUUUUUUUUAGUUUGGACAUAUGUUAAAACUACUAUAUAAGAUAUU